CCUGUGCUGCUGUUACUCCAAGGCUCAUCAACGUGCAAAGAUUGGACCAGGAUGCUAGCAUUGCACAACAGAGGAGAAGGAAAUGAAGCCCCAUGCUGUGUGACUGCUCACGUAUGGCUGUCAGUUACCACCAUUGCCCUGUUCGACGUUUGGGCAUCUCGGCUCCGGAAGUAGCACAUCCCCAACUGUUCAACAUGUUCGAGUGGGAUGAUGUCCCUGUAGUAUUAAGGCAGGCUUUUUCGCAUUCGAACCCUUUCCAAUGUUCUUUCACACACUGUGUAUACCUGAGUCACCCAUAUCUGUAGUAUCGCAUCCCAGGAUGGCUGGUAUCAUGCCAGACAUUCCAAAACCGCCCAUCAGCGAGCAACCAGUUACACUCCGCAACUGGCACCGCCAUAUUGCUUGGUUUAACACGACUUUUAUCAUCAUAAUCCCAUUCUGCGGCUGCAUUGCCGCUGUCUCCACACCCUUGCGACGACCGACUGCCAUCUGGGCUGUGCUCUACUACUUUUGGACUGCGCUGGGUAUUACCGCGGGCUAUCAUCGGCUUUGGUCACAUAGAACCUACGAAGCCGGCCUACCGCUCAGAAUUUUCCUGGCCUGUGCCGGUGGAGGCGCCGUGCAAGGCUCGAUUCGCUGGUGGAGUGCGAAACAUCGUGCCCAUCACAGAUGGACUGACACAAAGAAGGACCCCUACAAUAUCCGAAGGGGCCUCUUAUACUCCCACGUGCUAUGGAUGAUACUGAAGGAGGACCCCAAGCACUGUGGUCGGCCAGAUAUCUCUGACUUGAACGAAGAUCCAGUAGUCAUCUGGCAGCAUCGGAACUAUAUCAGAUUUGUGCUUGGCUUUGGUUUGAUCCUACCGAUGGCCAUGGCGGGCUUGGGGUGGGGUGACUGGAAGGGUGGCUUGGUGUAUGCCGGCAUCUUGAGGAUGUUCCUAUUCCAGCAGGCGACUUUCUGUGUCAAUUCAUUGGCGCAUUGGCUGGGAGAUCAGGCCAGUUUUCAUCCCUUUGACGACAGGAACUCGCCUCGCGACCAUAUUUUUACCGCGUUGGUCACACUUGGUGAGGGCUACCAUAACUUCCACCACGAGUUUCCCUCGGAUUAUCGCAACGGCAUUGAGUGGUGGCAAUAUGAUCCCACAAAAUGGGCUAUAUGGAUCUGGUCCAAGUUCCGUCUGGCCUCGAACCUCAAGCGAUUCCGCACCAAUGAGAUUGAGAUGGGCCGUGUGCAACAGAUGCAGAAGAGACUUGAUCAGCGGGUGGCCUCUCUCAAAUGCAGUAUUCCUCCGAAUUAGCUGCCGGUAGUCGACCGGAACCAAUUUGUCGUAGAUGUGCGGAAUGGAAACGUGGUGAUUGCUGUU